AUGGCGCACGCAGGAUGCCGCGUGCGGCCUCCCCCCUUCUCCCCUGUCACCUCGUCGCGCCCUUCCAGCUCCUCUCCCUCCUCGUCGACUCUUUUUCCCUCCAUCGCCGGCCGCCCACGAAUGCGCCUCUUGUGGAGAUCUCUGUCUUCGUCUUCGGUGGUCUACCUAUCGUCGUCCUUGUCUUCUUCGUUGCGUCCUUCUCGUUCUGUAAAGACCGUGAGAGGGGUGUCUAUCGCUCCCGUGGAGCAGGCUCCUGCCCCGGAAUUUGAUGUCUGGGAGGAAAUCUCUCGGCUUGAGGGUGUUCGUUCACGUCUACGAGCCUCAAGGAACCUUCGGGAGAAGCUCCGCGUGCUCGACGCGGACCCUAGGGUGAACGAAUUUUUUGGUGGCAGUAAAAAGGGGAUUUUUGAGCUCCUGUCUCGCCUGGAUUCUUCACAGAUUUUCUUGCUGAAGUGCCUUGUUGCGGCAGGACAGUGUCAUGUUCUUGUGUCGGACAUGGACGUGGAAGGUGAACCAGUGACAGCACAGGGGAGCGCAUUAAAGGGUGCCUUUUAUGUGUUGGCAGACAUGAUUGAGAAUUGGAACUCCGAUUGGAAUGGGUCCGAUGAGGGUAAGUGUGGAAUAGGCACUGAAGCAUUGAAUGGGCUUCUACUGACAUUGGAGGAAAUAGAGAAAUUCUAUAACUGCAUUGGUGGCAUCAUUGGGUGAGUUCAGUAGAAUUUUGCGAAAUUUUCUUGCUACAUAUUUGUUAAUGCUAAUAAGUAUAUUUCGUACGUGGCUCAAAAUAUAUCUAUCUACCAACUACAGGAGAAUAGGAGUCUUAUUUCAGUGUAUACAGCUUAGAUUGUCUAUUUAGCCACUUGAAUAAAUUACAGGAGUGUAAUUCUGUGUUUUGCAAGUCAGUGAUGCUAGGUGAGAGAAUUAAUCCGGAAUGAUGCUAAUAAAAUAAAGAAAGGCAGACUGAUUAGCAGAUAUGACUGCAUUCCUUGUACCUAUCGAUGCGACCGUUUCUAUUUAUUAGCUUAAAGCAUCAUUUUUUAUGUAACUUAAAAUAAAAUAGUCAUUUGUAUGGUAUAAUGCUGUCCAGUCAUUCGCAUCUCAAAACUAAUCCAUGAGUUGCACGAGUGAAUCGUUCUCACAUUUUUGCUAACGCUAUCCAACGAAUAAUGCAAUACUUUUUACUCUCUCAUUGUAGAAAGUUUCUUUCACUCAACUUGAAAAGUCGGUAUCUUGGAUAUGUUAACUGUGUGAGCCGUACAUAGUGUACCUUCUUGCAGUGCUCCUUCAUAGAAAUCAUCUUUGCCCUAAGAAAUGACCUUUUGGCGAAUCUGGGUUGACUCGAUUGCGAAAGUAAUGGCCAUCCAUUUUUCUUGCUCUUUGUUACAUAUACGGGCCAUAUUUACCAACUUGUAAGGGGUUUAUUUUUCAGGUAUCAGAUAACGAUUCUAGAGCUUCUUUACCAAUCAACAAUGGAAGGGAAAUCUAGGACUUGGUUCCAUCAUUCGGAUGAAUCAAUGAAAUAUCACCAUACGGGAUUCCGCGUUCCCGAAGGACUUAAUCUUGCUUCAGGAACAGAAGAUGCAUCUCAAGCAGCUUUAUGGGGAAUUGAGGUUGGCUAGAUGGGCUAUUUAAUAAGCAAUCAUAGCUGAGAGUUUUGCAAUAGAAUGGACGAAAUGCGAUAAUAAUUCCUCAUUAUGCUGAACAUAGACUCCUGUUUAUGUUCAUAAUAAGGCCUCGCUAUCAUGGGCAGGGUUUGCCAGAGCUCGGAGAAAUUUAUCCUCUUGGAGGCUCUGGAGAUCGCCUUGGUUUGAUUGACCCUGACACAGGAGAAUGCCUGCCAGCUGCAAUGCUUCCAUAUUGUGGACGAACUCUGUUAGAAGGACUGAUAAGAGAUCUUCAGGUAUUUUUAAUUUCAUUAUACCUUAUAAAGGGGAUCCAUUAAUUGCUAAUUUGAUUUCUUGAUUGCAUUUAUGCAAUGUGAAUAUCUGUUAUGUACGAGAAGAGCAUUCAAAUUUCAUGUUGGAUUUGACUGGUGGCUCAAUGUCCAAUCGACUGGCUCAUACUUAAGAACCAAUUAAUUCCAUUGAUUUUUAAGAUCCACUGUUCCUAGUUUGCUGUUUUAUCUUGUUUCUCCUAUGGUUUCCGCUCAACUAUGUAUUUUGUCUCAGACAUUGGGAAAUUUCAAAUGGUAUACUAUCUGCACGUGAAAAGACAUGAAUACUACUUUAACUCUUCUUACACAGGCAAGGGAAUUCCUGUACUUCAAGCUAUAUGGAAAACAGUGCAUCACCCCUGUUGCAAUCAUGACGAGUUCAGCAAAAAACAAUCACACGCUUGUCACUGCUCUCUGCGAAAGUCUUAAAUGGUUUGGAAGAGGUCGACAAAAUUUUCAACUUUUUGAGCAGGUUCCUGGCGAAAAAUACUCAUAUUUUAUCUUAUGAUUUUAUUGAAAAGUGUGCAUGCGUUGUAUCAGAGACUGCGCCCUCAUAAUCCUUCCAUUUCGUGUGUGCCCAGCCUCUGGUACCUGUUGUUGCUGCAUUAGAUGGUCGUUGGUUGAUUAGCAAGCGAUUCUCCCCGGUGUGCAGGCCAGGUGGUCAUGGUGCAAUUUGGAAGCUUGCACAUGACAAGGGCGUUUUCACAUGGUUUUACAAUCAUGGAAGGAAGGGUGCAACAGUACGCCAAGUCAGGUUAAUUUGUAGAAUGUGUUUCAAAAGGAUUUGAUACUUUGAUGUGACAUAUCUUUUUAUAAAUGGGAAGAAUCCUCAGUAUAGAUUACGAAUUAUGGUGUUGCAGUAAUGUCGUAGCUGCAACAGAUGUGACUCUUCUGGCAUUGGCAGGUAUAGGACUUCAUCAUGGAAAGGUGGGAUUUGAAUUUGUUUAAUCAGCUUCAUUUCUUGUGUUGUUUCCCAUUUCUGUAUGUAAAAAUGUGCGCUUAAAUUUAAGUUCCUCAUGUCUGUUUUACCUGGAGGAAAUUAUAUCUGCAACAGGCACUUUUCUUAUUCUUAUGACUAGCUUACGUUCUUGUGUGAUAACAACUGGAAAAUAUGGAAAGGAGCAGACAAAUAAAUAUAUUUUCAUAUUCUAUUUUUGUGGAUUUCCACGAAAGCAUUGCUUUUAGCACGGUGACUGACGAUCUGUCUUAGUAAGACUUAUAAAGUUGGAAAACCAAGUCAUUGUAUAGAACCAUGUUUUGGUCUUUACAAUACGUUCAGAACUCUCCUAGAAUAAUGUACUGUUUGACAAUCUUUACCAUGGAACUUCUGUCCUCGUUUAUACGGACGGAUGAAAACCAGUUAGGAAAGAGUUGCAAAAUCAUGCUCCUGAGGAAAUAUAAUGAAAUAUGGCAUGCCUUUGGAGUUCACCUAAUUUUACUAUUUCUAUAAGUGUGAUCAUUUAGCGCUGUCCAUCUUCUAAUGAAAUAUAUAUUUUAAUUUGCAUUGGCUGAUGAAACAUUAUUUGAGCACACACUAAGUAUAUUUCUCUGAAAAGUUUCUCUCCUUUCAUGCCUCUAGGGAAUGGUUUAGACUAUCGGUUGUGAAAAAUGACUAACCCUAGUUUUAUAUUUGGAUGUUUAUGCUGUUAUGUUACCAGCUUGAGCCAACUGUAUAUUUUAGAGCUAUUGAACUGUCUAACUAUAAACUAAUUGACAACAAGUGGAGUGGGCCCAAAUUUAUAAUCACAUAUAUGUAUCUUUACUAUAAUUAAUAUCGGAGUAGUCUUACAGGUCUUCUCAUAUGCAAUCUGACUUCUGAUUUUUGUUAGAUGAACACUAUAGAUGAAGUACAUGAAGCAAAGUUGUUACAUUCAGCUCUAAUACCGCUGUACUCUAAACCAUUCUGUAAUGAUUCUUGUGGUUCAUUUUUAUAAACAAAUGGUUAUGUACGUCUCAACUAAGACGUGAGUAUUCCAACAAUAUCUUUAUAUUUAACACACAAUCGAAAGAUCAACUUAUCCAAUCAUAUAAACCAUAACACUGCAGGACUUAUUAGUAAUACUUGCUUUUGGAAGGUUCCAAGUAACAUCUUUUGGUUGAAAAUGUGACAGUAGUUUCAGCAUGUCAAAAGACUAUUUGAAAAAUGUCUUGAAUUAUUUGUCUGGAUGAAAAUAUUUGAAUUUAUGCUUGUGGCAGUGUUUUUUUGGUUCACUAUCAGGACCUUUAUUUGUUUAUAGCCUGAAUUUAAAAAAUGCUUUAUUUGCAGAGAAGGGGACAAAAAAAGGUGGUUGAAGUGGAAACAUACUGUUCUGGAGUCUGUGUUAAUGGACAUAGAAUUCAGAAGUUUUGUGUAUCAAUGACCUUAAUUGUCCAACAUAAAAUGUCUUAUUGUCCUUAUAAAACUCAGAUCCUCAUGAUUACAUUCAUAUUGAACUCAUAUGAUAUUUAGCAACUCUAAAAAUGUCCCUGAUCUUUACUUGACAUGUGCAUUCUUAUUCUGUGUUGCAACAUUCAUUACCUGGUCAUUGGAUUCAAUGAGUUCUUUACUUAGUUUUCGUUCAAUUCUCGUAGAAAUUGGGCUUCGCUUCAUGCCAGAGGAAUCCUGGAGCUACAGAAGGCAUUAAUGCUCUUGUGGAAAAGAAAACCUUUGAUGGGCAGUGGGCAUAUGGUCUGACAUGCAUUGAAUACACAGAAUUCAAAAAGUUUGGCAUCAUGGAUGGACCUUUCUCUCCAAAUGGGUAUGGAUGUUUGAAUUACAUAAUAUUAUCAUUUAAAGCAUAAUGAUUCUUCUUAGAAAUGGUGCAUCUUUCUUGAAAAUUAUGCAGGACACGGCAUGCAAAUGACUGAUCAUAAGAGAAAUAACUUUAAACGAUGGUUGACCAACCAAAUAAGCGUCCCCUUUGAGUAGAUGCCACAGUGCCCAAGGAAUGCUUAAGAUCAAGCAAGGAAAGAAUAACCCUCAGCUUCACGCUUUGGGGCACUGCUUUACACCGGAUUAGAACCUUGACGACACUCUUGGGUGAGAGCCAUGAACAAAAAAUUUCAUUCAAAAGACAGUUCCUUGACCUCGAGUUCAACCUCAUUUUUAUAAGAGAAACAUGAGGCGCUCUUAGAGCUGGCCUAGAAAUCUCAACAACUCUCAUAACGAAUGGGCUGAAAUUUCGGCCUUAAACGCUCCUAAAAAGUAGGAAAAACGGUUGGGACACCCUAGUGUCUUAAAUUGACCUUAAAUACUCCUAAAAUACCCCGAAUAGGCAAACAUAAUAUUGAUUUUAGUGACUUACGGAAAUCAGUGAAAACAAUCCCUAUUACAUUAUUCAGCAAAUCCAGCCAUGUGCUUCCUUCGAGUGUAGACCUUGACCGGUGCAUGAUUGACUCCUUGGACCUGCUUCUGAACCUAUGACUGAGUUGAUGUGAAGUUACUAGAUUAGAUCUGUCCCACGAUUUUAUGCAUCUGAGGGGGGAUCACAUGGCUUGCUGUGGACACAUUAGAAAAUACAAUGGUAAAGACAUGACGAUUGGAGGAGUAGAUAUAGGCUUAGUGAAGCUGCAAAAACAUCAUCUAGACUGUUGGAGAUCUCUUCUGUAGUUCCAUCCGAACAACUAGUAGUUGAAAAAAUAUAACCUUACAAUGACCAUGAUUCGGUCUCUUUUGGGAAAUAAUUGCUGUCAUGCGAUUAUAUUAUAAUUCUUCAACUGCACACGGCUCUAGCUGCCUAUAUAUUUAGCUUGGAUUAUGUUUAUAGCUCUAGAUUUAGGUUUUUACCAUAAUAUUUAGUCAACCUGACGCCCUAUUUAGUCUAGAUUAACUAAAAAGAUGAUAGUUUUAUUCCUAGUAAACGAAGAUCCAUGUAACUUGUGUUCUAUUUAUCUGAAUAUUCAUCCAAGUUAAUAUUUUCUGUUGUUAGUUAUUGCCCAUUAAUUUACUGGCGUGGCUUUUAAAUUGAUUUAUAGUCGUGUUUGUUGCGAUGAAGCUUAGAAGCAGAGCUUCCUGCCAACACAAAUAUUCUUUAUGUUGACUUGCGAUCUGCGGAGAAAGUCGGAUCAAGUAAAAGUGCUACUUGCUUGCCGGGCAUGGUGUUGAAUCUAAAGAAACCUGUACAAUAUGUGGACUACCUUGGAAUAAAGCAUAGGUAUGCAUAGUACUUGGUGAAGCGUGAGUAUUCUUGAACUUUGAACCUCGUUUUAUGCAUCGUCUUUUGUUUUAUGGCUAUUCUCUUUUUGACAGAAAUUACAGUAAUUGGGUUAAAUAUCCUUGUCCACUAAGAAGGCCACCACUUUUUUUUUUUUGUGAUUCACAAUCAUUUAUUCGUCCUAGGGGAGUGGGCCAUGAAAGACCUUUACAUCGCAACACAAUUGCUAGUUAGACAUGCAUCUAGUAGUUCAAAAGUCUGCUGUCCAUCUGUUAGUUUACAUACUGUUCAUUAUUCAUAUUGCAUGCCUCACGUCCAGUUGAUUUUUUAUAUCAAAUCACCAAACAUGCCGAGUUAAGAAUUUUUGGAUCAUUUCAUAAGGGCAUCUCAUUAUGUUUAUUCUCAAAUCGUAGUUAGUAAUCCAAUGUUAACUGCUGAUGACAACACAAAUAGAUUCUUUCAAUUUUCUUUCAGGUACUUCAUGGAAUUGAUCAAAUAUAUAUUACUAUGAAUUUCCGAAUUCUGAAAUGUUAUUAUUUGGCGUUUACAAGGAUGAGUGGAGUUCUAAUUUACCAAGGAAUCUGGAUUUAUUUGCUCUCUAAAAUGUAAAGAAAGUCAAAAGUAGUGUCAUCUUUCCAAGGCACUUCUUGUUCAGUCUGUCAUUUGCAGCUUAGCAAAUGACAGUAGAUUAUCAUUGUCCUUUCCCAAGUGUAGGUUGAAAUUCACUAAUUAUUGACACUACUUUUAGCAUUUGUCGUUUAGCAUUUGGCUUGCAUUAUUGAAUAAGCUGAGUCUAGAAUUCCGAUACGGACUGUAUUUAUUCGUCACUUAUUCUCCUUCUGUUUUAUGUCAAGUCCCAUCUUAUAUAACUUUUAUUUAAAAGCAUUCCUUUCUUUGAUACACCUUUCUAUCUGUUAAUGCGUCCUUGUUGGUAAGGAAAUUUGGACGUAUGUGAAAGUUUGUGAGCCAACAUUUUCCAUGUGCAGUGUUUCUGGAGGUAGGUUGGAAUGUACGAUGCAGAACGUUGCUGAUAAUUUUAUGAAUGUGUACCAUUCAAGAAGGCGUAAAGGUGUAGAAGGUAUUCGAUGCUUCUAUUUUUCUCUACCCUAGGAUUAUUCCUAGUUUACACCGAAGGAUAAUCUAUCUAGGAACAGAUAGAAGUGCAACUAUUGUCUGACUAUAUCUUUCUUGAUUUCCCCUUUACGACUUCGGACUGAAUCUGCUCAAGAGUCUGAAUGUCAUCAGCAUUCAUGUCUGCAUUUCCUUUUUUAUGUUAUUGUGUUGAAAUUUCCAUCUGAAUAUGAUCCCCCCCCCAAAUUUUUUUAAUAGAGGAUCUGGACACCUUCAUUGUGUACAAUGAAAGACGGCGGGUGACUUCAUCUGCAAAAAAGAAAAGAAGACAAAAUGACAAUUCUUUGCACCAGGUAUCUCAAUGUUAUGAUCUUCAUUUAACUUGUUGAUUCCCAUACCCGAAAUAAAGUAUUUUGACAGUUUCGAUACUCGUUCAUGAGCAUAUUGGCUCUUCAAUCUAUAUGUUUCAUUUUCUGCAGACGCAGCAAAAUGUUUGUAGAUUGGAGUGUUGGCCUUUUCGUGUAGACAUGUCUGAGUGGUACUGAUCGAGUCAAAAUUUCAAUGGUUCCUAUUUCUGUAUGCAUUGGAAUCGGCAGGUGGCCCAAUUAUUCAGUCGAUGAGUUUCGAGUGGAGCAUAUUUUUUUAAGAUGCUUUUGCACCAUGACAUAUAUAUAGAAUCUGUGUUGCAAAAAGCUGGAACUGGGAUUGUUGUCUUUGACAUCACCUGUUAGUGCUCAUAAAUAUUUAUGAACUCGAACUCUAAGUGCAUGGUUCAGUCUCGUCAUGUAUGUUGUACCUCUUCCUUUAUUUGCUCUUUUCUCUGGCCACAUUUAUUUUCACCUUAUUGCUUGACUAUAUGGAGCUUAGGAUCACCAUCGAUGAUAAUCGAAUAGUUGAAAUUAGGGAGUAAAUCAGUUUGGAGAAAAUCUAAUAAUGAAUUGGUAUCAGAGUGGAUUUCUUAUUUGCCGAUUAGAAGACCCUUACUUCUAAAUGUCUGUCUGAAUGCAAUUAAGAAAUGAAGCCGACUUUACGGUCUUCUCACCAUGGUAGGCAGGCGCAUGCUAUGUUGGUUAGUGUGGAUGUGCGAUUCCUUUGCGCUAAUUUUUUAAGAGGAUAUGUUCUCGAUAUUUUAACCACCAAAUUGUUUUGAGUAUUUCGACAAUAUUGACCUAGUCGUUGUAUUCGUGUACUCAUCAGCCUGUCUCUGGACAUAGUGGAAUCACACCAUUUUAUUUAACUGUGACUGUUUAUUUUCUUGCAGACUCCAGAUGGUGCACUGUUGGACAUUAUGCGGAAUGCUUCUGAUCUUCUUUCAUUUUGUAAAAUAGAAAUACCAAAGGUAAUUUUUUUUUUUUUAAAUCAUUUAUCAUUUGCUAGUGAUAAUAAAUGAUCACUUUCUUUAAAUAUUUAAUGGAUGCUACCAAAAAAAAUACAGCUUAAUUUUCCUGAUGCCUUUCCCACACGCUUAAAUUUUGAUAUCUUCAGGGGAAUGAUGCUAGAGAUAAUAAGUUAAACGCCGAAGUUAAAAUUUGAUUCAUACUUCAUAAGUAUCUUUAGUUCUUUCAACAAAUAAUAUUCAAGACAACUGGCGGAGUUUUAUAACCUGCGCUGUUUAUUAUUAACAUGUGAGAUUUUUCAUCACCAAGGAUACAUCAGUAAAAAAUUUCAAUGCCAAAAAAGUCCAAACGCGCCAAAAAAGGACAUGAAGAUACUUGUGGAAAUUUUGAUAUGUAGGCGCUUUUGUUUCUAUAGACUGCUAGUUUGAUGCUUUGGCUAAUAUUUGAAUGGGAUCCUAACUUCAGCUCCUCUCUCUAUUGUUCAGAUCGGUGACAAUAAUAACUAUUUACAUUCUGGGCCACCAUUUUUUAUUCUUCUCCAUCCAGCUUUGGGUCCUCUUUGGGAUGUAACCCGGCAAAAGGUACUUCUGGAAGCUUGGUGUUUUUGGUGCGUUUUAUGAUUCAAAAUGAUAAAUUAGUUUAUUUUCAUGAAAUUUUCAUUGAGAUUGAAAGAUAUGAUUGGACGCGUUAUUUUUUCAUUAAAAAUAAAUCAAUACGCAUAACUUAAGUGGUCUGUUAUUUGGUUGUAGUAACUUGGGUUGAUUGAUAAGUUAUAUUUUUUAAGAUAAAAUAUAGAUUUUGGUGGCAUAUGCACAUCAUAAAAGGAACACAAUCUGACUGCUCUCCUGAUUAUGACUCAUAAUAUUAUUAGAGCAUUCAGUAGGCAAAAACUAAGAAUUUUAAGAAACAUGGUUGGUUGUGUGGUGUUGUUACUUUCUGGCUCCAUGAGUUUACGGGUUUCUGUUAAGCUAUGCACAUGGUUGUUUACAUCAUAGGGAGCAUACGCACUGUUUGGUACCUUAAUUGAUCUGCGAAGCUUAUAUCAUGUCCACUGGACUUGGCAAUCAAAACUGGGUUUUAAUGGAUCCAAAAUAGCUCAUUUGAAAGUAUAUCGAAAAAAAAGGAAAUAAUAAGAAAAAUGACUUUUUCUUUUACUACCAGUGACUGACAUUGGGGAUCUAAAAGUCAACCGUUAGGGUAAUCUGAAAUCUUUUGAUAGGGAGGAAGUCCAGCGUUUGAGAAGAGAAAGGAUUUCUCUUUUUCGUCUCCAUCAUCACAAAUGAAAACCUCAUUUGGAGAAGUGGAAAUUCAGGAUAAGAGAAGCGAGAAGAAAGGAGGAGCCUCAGGAGAAGUGCACAUACCUGCGAGGAGAGGUAGUGACAGAAUCAGGUAGUGAGAGAAUCCGAAGAUUCUUCGGGUGACUCUACAGAUUCCUGCGUAGGAGAAAAUUCACCUUUUCACAGAGAUAUGAUCGGUAGAUGUGCACUUAAGAAUGAAAAUUUUCAAUGCAGGUCCAUAGAUUCCGAAUGAAAAGAGAUUCAAAAUUUCUUGAAACAGAAAAAAAAUUCUGGAAGAAACUGAGGGGAUUAUUCAGAUAGAAGAUCAUUUUGAACUUAACAUUGCCUACACCAUCUCUUUGAGGUGGAUUUAUGCUUCUAGACCCUGUUGAUGGGUCCAUCGCUUGCAAUGAGAACUGGCUGCUGACUGUAACAGCUUGCUCGAGCUGGAAUAACUGCCUGCCAUUAACCUUAAAACUAGGUGCCGCAGUGCAGCAGAGUUGAAUAGGUCACUCCUUGCAUGUGUUUUCAUCCGCCUUUGCCUCUGUUUCCACGCAUCUUCUGACCAUGCUUCUAGAAACACGUUCUCAUCUUCUUCUGAUCUCGCUUCUAGAAAUAUAUCAGUUUGUCACCUGGCAACUGUUCGCAGGCCUUCUCCCCUUGGGCAUCUAUUUUUGCCCACCUGAUGUGUUGGAUUUGCAUCUAUUGGUUCCAUAAACUGGGCAGCUGUCUUCCAUUCACUGUAGAUGAGCUGGGUAGAAAAGGAUCCUAUAGUCAUCAUCCAUUCAUACUUCUAGGUUAAGAUACGCUCCUCCCAUCUCUCUUCAUACAUCUCUCUCUCACACACACACCCCAACACCCACUCACUCACUCACUUGGCCACCUCUCAUACAUGCAUACUCUUUAUCAUCACUCUGAUAGAUCUGGGUCAUUCUUACUUUCUUAACCCCCCUCCCCCCCCUCUCUGCCAUCUAUUUCUCUUAACCCCGCUUUUGGAGUUUCACAAAUAAAAUGAAUAGUGGAGAAUGGGAUGUGAAUAUGGAACGGGAAAGUUUCUCUUUUGUUACUAGCCUUACCAUCAAAUGCUGUGGAUUUUGAUAUUCAAUGCAACAACCUCUGUAUUUCACACGUCUCACUUUUUCGUUCUUUUCCCCGUUUUAUGUGGCAGCUGAAGAUCCUGGGCAGAAAAGUGUUCAAAAAAACUCACGUACUAAUACUUUGACUUGAACCAGAAGGCUGUAGUGGACAAUAUCGAGUUGGACUCUGUCAACCCGUAUAUGGUUGGGAGAGUUAGGCUAGAAAUUAAUGGAAUGGGCUCCAUCCCAUUUUCCCUCCCAGCUAAUAUGUUUUUGAAUCUCAACAUUGUAUGAUGCUUGCAUUUAGGUGUGGAACCACGAUAAAUUAAAUGAACUCAUAUCUCUAUAACUUGUACCAUAAUUUUUUUCUUCGAAAAUAGUUUGGUUUAUACGAUAAGGAGGUCACGUAUUCGGUGCUUUUUAUUGACAAAAAUUAGCCAUGUCUUCUAUCUCUUGUAUGAUUUUUCAUUGCAUUAGUUGGUUGGUUGUGUGGCUAUCCAUAAACUAUUCAACUCAUUUCAUGCUGUCGACCUUCGUCAUUAAUAAUGUAUCAUGAUUAUACUCCAAAAUCCAACAGUUCUACGGAGGUUCCAUUUCAGAGGGCUCUGAGUUGCAAAUUGAGGUAGCGGAGUUCUUGUGGAGAGAUGUUCAGGUAAUUUUCUGCGGUUUAAUAUCAAGAGUUACUGGGUUUUACAUCCACUCAGGAUCAUGCUUAUUUUCAUGUUCAGCUUGAUGGGAGUCUUAUUGUUCUUGCUGAAAACAUAAUGGGUUCCAUGCGGAUGGGUGAAGAUGGUGAACCAAUACUCCAAUAUGGACAUAGGUAUGAAACUAGGUGCUGUUGCAAGAAGCUUUUAUCUGAAAAGAAUUACAUCACUGAGAUAAUUGUUAUUGCUUGGUGAAAGGUGUGGAAGAUGUAAGUUGCAGAAUGUCAGAGUCCUUAAUAAAGGAAUUAACUGGUCUGCCAAUAAUAUUUAUUGGAAGCAUGACGUUCAGAGACUCGAGAUGCUGAAAAUCGUGCUACAUGGAAAUGCAGAGUUUGAGGCAGCGAAUGUAAUCCUGCAGGUGUGAAUCGUAGCAAGAUUUUUUUUUUAACUAAUCAUCUUCUUAUGCAAUCACUGAUCGUCUUUCCUAUUACUAUUCAGGGAAAUCAUGUUUUCGAAGUUCCUGAUGGUUUCAAAAUGUGCCUGGUCGCACGUGAUUCAGGUCCAAGUGCUCUAGAAACUAUACUUACAGAAUCAAUUUUUCUCGACAUCCUUUACAGGCUAGCAGUAAUAAUUGGCAGUUUACUUGGACAAUCUUCCUUGUGAGAGACAUUACUUUAUCUUCUCCCUGUGAUUUUUAAAAGACUAGACGUGAAAACAGUUAUGUUGCAGUAUAUCAAAUACUUUUUCUGUUGCAAAAUCAACAGUUAUGUUGCAGCGCUUUUUCUUACUUUGUGAUUGUUGUUCAUUCUAAAUCAAUUAUUUUAUCUGUUAAUAAUAAAUGGGCAAAUAAAUCUUCAGAAAAAGUAGUUGAAAAAAAUAUGCAUGCCGGCUCCUUUCAUCUUUGUUAGAUUCACGAAGGGCCUAAAUUAUAAUCUAUAGAUAACAAUCUAUCGAAACAAGUUUUUAGUCAACCCAUAUCAAACUGAAUUUAGAUUCUGUCACAGUAUGAAAUGGUUGCGGGAAAUAUGAAUCCUUCAUGAGUGUUCUCUGAUGCACUUUCGCCCGUCUGUCUAACUGCAGGUUUUCAAGUAAAUAUGCACCCCAUAGGAGAAGAGUUGAUGGACAGUGGAAGCUGGUUCUGGAAGUACAGCUUAGAAGGAACACAUAUACGCUUGGAAAUGGUAGAAACGUAUAGUACGACGUCUUCAACCCCUGUUGAAGUGACAAACACCAGAUUUGAUGAUUUCACCAUUGCCACUUGA